CAAACCACCGUGCUCCUACCUCCCACUGCGGCCGCAGCCCUAGUACGCCUUUUCCUCUCCGCCCGCCCCUACCUUCCUGUUCGCAGGCCUCAGCCGUAGGACGCCGCUUCUCUUCGCCCGCCCCUUCCUUCUUCUUCUCUUAGCCUUGCGCAGAACGACUCCCGCGUGAUCGCCUAUCAGACAUGAAGGUGAAGGUGAUAUCGCGCUCCACUGAGGAAUUCACUCGUGAACGGAGUCAAGAUCUGCAGAAAGUGUUUAGAAACUACGACCCUAACCUUCGGACCCUAGAAAAAGCAGUUGAAUAUACAAGGGCUCUAAAUGCUGCAAAGUUGGAGAAGAUAUUUGCAAAGCCUUUUAUAGGUGCUAUGGACGGACAUAUUGAUGCUGUAUCUUGCAUGACAAAGAACCCAAAUCAUCUGAAAGGAAUAUUUUCGGGUUCAAUGGAUGGAGAUAUUCGUCUUUGGGAUUUAGCAACCAGGAAAACUGUUAAUCAGUUCCCUGGCCAUCAAGGUGCUGUACGAGGCUUGACAACAUCUACAGAUGGAGACAGACUCUUAUCAUGUGGCACUGAUUGCACUGUCAGGCUAUGGAAAGUUCCUGUUUUGGAGAUGACAGACCCUAAUGAAUCAAAUGAAGAUUGUUCAAAGCCUCUUGCGGUUUAUGUUUGGAAGCAUGCAUUUUGGGCCAUCGAUCACCAAUGGGAUGGUAACCUCUUUGCCACUGCUGGUACUCAAGUUGAAAUAUGGGAUCAAAACAGGUCUGAGCCCAUCAACACUUUUGAGUGGGGUAAAGAUACAACUGUUUCUGUGAGAUUUAAUCCUGGAGAACCUGAUCUACUAGCAACAUCAGCAAGUGACCGCAGCAUAGCUAUAUAUGAUUUGCGCAUGUCAUCCCCUGCUAGAAAACUAAUUAUGCAGACCAAGACUAAUGCUAUAUGUUGGAAUCCCAUGGAGCCAAUGAAUUUUACAGCUGCAAAUGAAGACUGCAACUGUUAUACUUAUGAUGGUAGGAAAUUAAAUGAAGCAAAGCUUGUGCACAAAGAUCACGUUUCUGCUGUGAUGGACAUUGACUACUCUCCCACAGGGCGUGAGUUUGUUACUGGUUCUUAUGAUAGAACAGUCAGGAUCUUCCCAUUCAAUGGUGGCCAUAGUAGGGAGAUCUAUCAUACUAAGCGAAUGCAAAGGGUCUUCUGUGUGAGGUUCAGUUGUGAUGCCUCUUAUGUUAUCUCUGGAAGUGAUGAUACUAAUCUCCGACUCUGGAAAGCAAAAGCUUCAGAACAGAUGGGAGUACUCCUACCUAGGGAAAAGAGAAAGCUAGAAUAUCUAGAUGCUGUCAAAGAACGUUACCAACAUCUAACGGACGUGAAACGUAUUGUCAGACAUAGACACUUGCCCAAACCGGUAUACAAGGCGGCAGCUUUGAGGCGGACAAUGAUUGAAGCUGAAAAUAAGAAGGAUGAAAGGAGGAGAGCUCAUAGUGCCCCUGGAAGUAUUCCCGUGCAGCCCUUCAGAAAAAGAAGAAUCAUCAAAGAGUUGGAAUGAUUUAGCACAGAAACAAGGGGUUGUUUUUUCUCUAAAGCAGCAUGCAGCUAAAUGCAAGAUUGCUCCUGGUAAGAAUCGCAAUCUCAGUACCAACAACAGUUCCAUCUGAUGAUCACACUAAAUAUUCAAGUUUUAUCCGCCCCUUAAUUGUGCUGUGCAAAAUGCUAGAGAUUUGUAUUUUGGAAGCCUAAAUAUGACAACUUUUAAUUUAGUCUAUGAAAAUAUUGGUCUCUGAGCUAAAAACA